AUGCUGGAGAUGGAGCUUCCAUCUUCGUGCACCGGGAGUGAGAGCGACAAGGAAAGAGGUGGGGAAGAGCUACUCCUCCGGCCAUUAUGUAACGGAGUGCUUAUUUCAGUCGGUGCUGAUGUUGACGAUAAAGAUGGCGGUGGUGAUACGUCUUUAGUUGUUUCUUGGCGCAACGAAGUUUUUCUCGAGCUUUUGUCUAAAGAUUUCCGUUUCUUUAAACCUCCGAAUUUACCCUUCCCAUUCUUUACAGGCGCUAUUUCAGUUGAAGGCUGCUGCUUAUUUAAAUCUUUUUCGGGUGAAGCUGAUUCAGCACCCGAGUCACAAAGAUCCGCAUCUACUUCAUUGUGUUUUUUAGUUUCAUCUUCAGCGUCGAAAUAUAGACAGAUAAACGUUAUCUCUCUCUCUCUCUCUCUCUCUCUCUAUCUAUCUAUCUAUCUCACUUGUGGAAAUCUAUCUAUUUAUCUUAUCUAUCUAUCUCGCCUGUGGAACUCUCUUUCAUCUUCUUGCUUUCUCGCUCAAAUACAAGCUUCAAAGAUUUAA